AUGCCUGCCGCUCUCUCCGACACCCAGAACCGUUACUUGGCCCUUGCAUGGCUUUGCGUUGAUGCCGAACCCAAGCUCACCGGAUCCAAGACCCCACACUCGGCUCGUGAGAUGUUGCGCGUCACCAAGAAGAAGCUCCUCGAGUUCGACACUACCCUCUCAACCGCCAACGGCACUAUUGCUCCUCCCAACACUCCUGCCACCAAGACUCCCAGAAAGACGGCCACCAAGGCCACUCCCCAGACCAAGAGUACCAAGGGCAAGGCAAACAAGAAGCGCAAGGUCGCUAGUGACAGCGAGGGCAGCGAGGAUGACAACGAGACUCCUCUCAAGAACAAGAUUGUCGUCAAGUCCGAGCCUGUCGAUGAUGUCUCCGAGGCUGGUGCCGACGCUGGUGCCGAGCCCGAAGAUGCUGAAGUUUGA